GUCCUGCCGGUGAGCGUCCGCACGAGCAUCCUGAUCGGGGUUUCCAUCCUCGAUCGGUGGCGGAUAUCGUUGCAUCGUUGCUUUGGCUCUCCUCUGUGGACGGACCGGUCAGGUGGUGGUGUCUGUCGAGCGUCUCGUUCGACCUCUGCGCAUUUCCGCGUUCAUCCGCUCGCGCGUGCGCGCGCGCGCGCACACGACUAUGGUCAAAAGCAAAAUCGGACGGAAUUUGCGCGCCGUCGCCGCCGCCGCCGCCGCCGCCGCCGCCGCCACUGUUUUCUGCUAUGUCCACGUAGUCGAGGAGUUAUAACAUUCCUUAAGCCAAGCACCUCACUCACGUGUCACACGAUGCGUCUCUUCAAGCGUCACAUGUCCGACCCGAGCCCGCAGCUAGUCUCGGCGGUGGCUAUUUCCCAAGACGCCGAUACUGCGUCGGACAAUAUCGUCGAAGAUAACGGGAAGUCGAUGAAAAAAUCCAAGCCGAACACGAUAGAUCACGGAUCGGAGGUUGUUUCUCCGGUCAAGGAGGAUGCUGACGCGCUGACUGAAUCGUCGGACUCCUCCGCUCGUAUUCGCAAAGGCUUCUCAACAUGGGGACGAAAGAUGGGUCGGCGAUGGGACCAGAUAAAGAGAUCGGACAGCUCCGAAUUGCUGCCGGUGUCGCGUCAACGACGACGAUGGAGCCCGCAUUGGAAGAGUCACGACGAGAUCCCGAGCGAGAGAGAAAGCGUCGCUAACAGCGAAUGCCCGAAGCCAAAGAGAAUCCACCGGAUGGAGUCGCUGAGAAACUUCUUCAAGAGCGCCACCGGCGAUCAUUUCCAUUUCCAUCAGUCGAAGAGUUCCGUCGUGAAAACCGCGACGAUACAAGAGGAGGAGGUCGUUCUUCAACCCCUGAUGGAAAAAGCUCUGAGCGAAGGUACCGUUACGACGGUCUACUCCAAGAAUCACGAUAAUUACGAAUGCGCGCAUAUCGAUCGAGAAGCGGCGUUUCUCCGUGAGAAAAAGACGCAGUUGAGUUCAUCAACACGCGACAUCGAGGGCCUUCGGGGGAAGAAACGGUUGUUGGAUUAACUACCACAGGUCUACGCGGAGAUACCAAAGACGCAGCGGGACGACACGUUCGCUCUGAGAGAGACUCUGAGGAGGAGGAAGAGGAGCGUUCACACGGACGCGGACGCUCCGGUGUUCGCGGAGGACGUCCAGAAGACGCGAAUAUUCAACUUUCAGCUCGCGAGCAUCUCACGUGGAGCGAACGGCAAGGAAACGCCGAAGGAAACCCCGCCCCCCCGGCUCGUCCCGUCAACUCGCGCGUCCAGCAGCGCGCUGAACGGCCUGGAGGACUUUCUGAGCAACCUACGACUGGGUUGCGACGAAAGCGGCUACGACUCGGAUAGCACACGAGCAGGCGCGGACUCGCCGGACAGUGAGAAAUCGGCGAUACAUGUACCUCCGGCGAUACUGUCGGACGAUUACCAUGGCGUCGAUUUGUCGUUGGCGGACCUGAGCACGCUGCAAACAGACGCGAGCGUGCCGCCCAUGACGGGCACGUGUGUCCGGUCGAGAAUCGAGAAAGUCGACAAACGCGACGACGCGACGACGACGAGCAACAACGGUGUUUCCUUCAACGAGUCAAGCGGAAACCAAUCGACCGCCAAUCGAACGUCGGAGGUGGACGGUGACGACGACACGGACAGUUGCGACGAGGAUACUUUCGCCGAUUUGGUGGAGUAUCAGCCAGCAGACACUUUGCUGGCGAGACACUACAGCAAGGAGCAGACGAGAACGGCUCCUCGUCUUUGCGAUCCGUCGAGUUCGACUCCGAGCGCGGCAGAGACUCGCGGUCCAUCCGCUUGCUCGCCUCGCGGCGACACCUCCGACGACGACGACGACGACGACGACGGCGACGACGACGACGGCGACGGCGACGGCGGCGGCGGCGGCGUCGACGUGCCGUGUCGUGACAAGUCAAGGGCGAGCGUCGUUGAAGCUCUCACGAGCGAGAGGAGGCUCGGCGCAACGGUGGAGAAUCGCGUCGUCAGCGUGCCUUACGCGGUCAAGUUGCAGGCUCUUUCGCUGAAGGACAAGAGAUCCAAGAGCCGCAAGUGCGCCAGUCCGAGUGUACAGCGUCUUCUGGUGCACGCGGAAUCUCUGUGCCAGGACAGUCCGCCAGCUAGCAAAAUAUGUCCUCCGUCCGCAACUCCGUCAAGCGGCUCGCCACGUUGUUACAACCCCAAGAGAUUGCACUCCAGCCUGGAGUCGGAGGACAACGCGUCGCCGGAAGUGACGAGGAGCGUCGCGAAGAAACUGUCGACGACCAGCAGCGUCGACAAGCAGCAGUCGGCGACGACAGCAUCCUCAGCGACGAAGAAUCUGGUGCGACGUGAGCUCCGAACGAUGAAGCUCACGGUUAAUCGCGCAACGGGCCUCGGCAUCUCCGUGGAACGAUGCGAAGCGGCCAGACCGUACUACGUGAUCGCCAAGAUGGAUCCGGACGGCGAGGCUGCCAGGUCAAGACAGUUCCGCGUCGGCGACGAGAUUGUCCGCGUCUGCGGACGAAGGAUACGCGGUAUGUCGAUGGCGGAGGCGCGCAACGCCGUACGCAGCUGCCUCGGCAACGUGGAGCUGCAGAUCGCGCGCGAGCCGAGCGUCGCCUUUGGCGCCGACGAGAUCGGCGACACUUGGGGCGACGCGUCCGUGCGAUUGCGAGGACAGGACUUUGACGAGGCGUGGAUCUCGAAGAACAUCCGAGCAACAGCACCCCGCGAGGAUCAUCCUGCGACGAUCGCGUCCGACCGCCGCGACGCUACCGCGACGAGGCGCGAGGACGACUCGUCGGAGACUCGUCCUCGGACGAGUCCUCCCCAAAAAGUCACGGGGAUGAAGAAGUUUCAGAUCGUGAGGAAGCGUAGCGAUACGCUGCCCGUUCGACGUGCAUCCAACUUGUCGUUGUCGGUGGACCUGCUGACGGUUGUGCUGCAGAAGGGCGCGCAGAAGAAAUUGGGCUUCACGAUCGUCGGCGGUGUGGACAGCAACAAAGGGCGCAUGGGCAUCUUCGUGAAAGACAUCAUAGCUGACGGACAGGCUGCGGAAGAAGGUACUCUGAGAGCGGGCGACCAGAUUUUAGCCAUCAACGGCUCCUCCUUGAGCGGAUUGACGCACGCCAAGGCACUGCAGAUGUUCAAGAGCGUAAAAGCCGGGAGCAUGGCGCUCCGCAUCGCCCGAAGGGAUCAUACGCACAAACGAUACGUGACACAGUCGAAGUCUUACGAUUGCCUGGACAAAUUGACGACAUCCACCGACGGGUGAAACCACCAUCCGCCAUCCGCCAUCGGGGUUAUUAUCCGGGUAUAUUGUCGGGUCUAAUUUCUCCCUCGAGACUCCCUUUACGAAACGCGACUUUUUCACCUGUUGCAGACUCCAGCACAUUAUGUUCGUUUAUAUGAGAGAGAGAGAGAGAGAGA